CCAUCAGUCACCUAGAAAGUCCGAUAAAAUAAGUCAUGUUAAGUUUUGUGCACAUAAUUAUAGUCAAUUUAUUAUAAUGUUCUCUAAAGUACAACAUUAGAUACUCCGCACAUUAAAAAUUCUAAGUCAAAACACUUAGCCGCCCUCAGAAAAAAGUGUGAAAUUAUGUUAAGUGGCCAGUACCAAAAAGACCCCUUUUUAAAAUCAGGCUAAUAUAACGGUACGUUCUAAGUAAAGAUAGAAGUAUAGGUUAAUAAGAUUAUUAUUAUACCUCAUGUUGAGGUCGGAGACCGGCUUUUUAAGGACGGAAUGUUUCUGAAACCGUGUAUAAAAAACGACUGGUCCCCAGGGAUCGGUCAUUCCGCGGCCGGAGUGGGUGCACGCAUCUUCGUUCCCAAAACAACUAAUAUUUUUUGUGUUAAAGCUCCUUAAGUCUUCGUUCGACUUACACUAGCAGUUUUGGGUCCAAUCUCGGAAGGAGUGAACGUUGGGCUACUUCUCUCGUCCAGUUUUACGUCUCAACAAGUGCCAUGUAUCCAGAUGCAGUCAGAGUGAUGCAGUUGGUCCUGGGUUUAGCAUUGGUGGCAUCGUCAGAAGCGUUUUUCCUGAAAUGGGGCUCUGAUUCAGCAACCCAGUCCUCCGCGCAGAACACGUGGGUGCAGCCAGUUCCCUCGAACAUGUCUCCCGGCUACCGCUAUCAGUACACCUACACUCCUUACGAGUCGCGCAAGGUGUACCAGGUCCAGGCCCCCCAGUACCAACAACAGGCCGCCCAGUACCAGCAGCAGGGAGCCCAGUACCAACCUGAGCUCGUGCAGCAGAACCUUGCACCGAUCCCGAUCAGCGUGCCAGCGGGGGCCAGUUUGACCCCCGUGUCUCUUCAACACGUGCAGCUAGUUCCCUGCAUGUGUCCCGUCGCCCCUGAAGAGGCAGACAAGCUCCAGAAGCAAGUCGGCCCAGGCCCCUACAUGGCCCAGGUGUACAACAAACCCACGUACACUGUUCAGCAGCAAGUCUCAGAUGACCCUCAAAACCCCAAAGAUCAUGAGAUUGGGCGUCACGAUCAAUAGGAUCAGCGAAUAAAAUUUAAGUUAUCCCACCAAUGACUCGCUCUUCCCUUGUAUAAUUUAUUUUACUAUUUUUAUUAUUUAUCGUUUUUGAGUGUAAACCUCAGAUUUCUGGUAUUUAUGUCAAAAAAAUAUAUUUUAAGCUUUGUGGAGGUUUCCUUUCAAAGGAUCACGAAGACUGAUAGACUAAGGACAACAUGUGUUCAUUCAUUCUGAUUAAAGUUUAGAUAACUGUA